UCCCCCUUCCAUCUUCCUCCCCCUCCCCUCCCCUCGUCCCUUAAUCUUCCUCUCUCUCCCUCCCUGGGGCGUCUCCUAAAGACUACUCCCGCUUCCGGUCAGAGGCGGUCUGCAGAAGCGUGUCCCGCCUCUUCCGCCUCCCCGGUGGCGGCGCGGGUGGAGGAGGCAGUAGCGGCAGCGGCGCCUGCGCGUCUCCUGUCAUAGAGUCGGCAGGCUGGUCCCCUGGGCGGCCCAGCUGGACGUGGCCGAGCCGAAGCCCGGGGGCCGAUGGCGAUGAACUAUAACGCGAAGGAUGAGGUGGACGGCGGGCCCCCGUGCCCUCCUGGGGGCGCUGCCAAGACCCGGAGGCCGGAUAACACGGCCUUCAAACAGCAACGGCUGCCCGCCUGGCAGCCCAUCCUCACGGCCGGCACGGUGCUGCCCACCUUCUUCAUCAUCGGCCUCAUCUUCAUCCCCAUUGGCAUCGGCAUCUUCGUCACCUCCAACAACAUCCGUGAGAUCGAGAUUGAUUACACUGGAACAGAACCUUCCAGCCCCUGCAAUAAAUGUUUGUCUCCGAAUGUGACAUCUUGUGUUUGUACCAUUAACUUCACCCUGGAAGAGUCAUUUGAGGGCAAUGUGUUUAUGUAUUAUGGACUGUCUAAUUUCUAUCAAAAUCAUCGUCGCUAUGUGAAAUCUCGAGAUGAUAGCCAGUUAAAUGGAGACCCUAGUGCUUUGCUUAAUCCAAGUAAGGAAUGUGAACCUUAUCGAAGAAAUGAAGAUAAACCAAUUGCUCCAUGUGGAGCUAUUGCCAACAGCAUGUUUAAUGAUACACUAGAAUUGUUUCUGGUUGCCAAUGAAUCUGAUCCCACACCUACGCCAAUUGCUUUGACGAGAAAAGGUAUUGCUUGGUGGACAGAUAAAAAUGUGAAAUUCAGAAAUCCACCUGGAAAAGAAAGCCUUGAAGAAAAAUUUAAAGAUACAACAAAGCCAGUAAACUGGCAUAAACCAGUAUUUAUGCUAGAUCCUGAUGAAGAUAAUAAUGGAUUUAUAAAUGAGGAUUUCAUUGUUUGGAUGCGUACUGCAGCGUUACCUACUUUUCGUAAGUUGUAUCGUCUUAUAGAGCGGAGAAAUGAUUUACAUCCAACAUUACCAGCUGGACAGUACUAUUUGAACAUCACAUACAAUUACCCCGUACAUUCGUUUGAUGGACGAAAACGGAUGAUCUUGAGCACUAUUUCAUGGAUGGGAGGAAAAAAUCCAUUUUUGGGAAUUGCUUACAUCACUAUUGGAUCCAUCUCCUUCCUUCUGGGAGUUGUACUGCUAGUAAUUAAUCAUAAAUAUAGAAACAGUAGUAAUACUGCUGACAUCACCAUUUAAUUUUAUAUUCUGAAAACAAAUCUACUGCAUGUGCAUCAAGGCCAGUCCUGUUCAACCUAGCUUUUGAAUGCUGAUGUCUGGUUAGUAUGUCAUUUUGAAGUUGGCACAUAACUUAAAAAAAAAAAAAAAACAGCCUUUGUCCUUUGCUUCUUACAUAUGGAUGACUUAUGAAAACAUAUGACGGGUAUAAAAAUUAGCUAUAUUGAUCAUAUCAAUAUUGUAACUGCAAAAAUGGCAUUCUAAUGUCUGCUUUUUAUUGGGACAGGCCAUGUGAUGCAUAGAGCCUCUUUCAUGUGAAAUGAGUCUACUGCUUAAACGUUAUGCUGUGCUGAUAACAUUAUAUUGACAUGAUGUUGUAUAUGUGUGCCUACUGUGUGAAGAAAGGGAUUAUGAGAUGUAUGAGUGUAAUGACUUGCUAACCUUUUGAAUUUGGUUACAGUUCAGAUUGAAGAAAGACUAAAUAUAAAUAAAGCACUUCAUCAUUUUCAUGUGUCGUGUGUAAAGGCUUAAAGUCCCUCCUUGUUGAGGUGGUUCGUGUGUUCAGUUUCUCUUAUAGUUAUUUGAAAAUGACUUUGAUUUCAGAGGACAUACUUAGCUUGUCCAGUAUAGAAAUUAAUAUCUAAAGAGAUAGGUAGGUCUUGGAUAGAAUUUUAAGUUCCCUUUCAUUUGGCUAACAUGUUGCAUUCUGGAGUCCAAGCUAUUUGAAAUGUUUAUAUGUGAUCAUCUCCCUGGAAGCUUACACUUCAUAAGGGAAGAAAGAAUAUAGGUGAGAAGGGACAACUGCUUGGCAAACCCUCAUCCUCUGCCUCAACUGUAAACCAGGUGUAAAUGUUCAAAGGAGACUUUUCAUUGUUGUGGUGUGUAGUGUUAAGAUGAUUGCUCUGCCUUGGAAAUACCUCAAGCUGUUCUUACGUAGCAGGUAAGUAUUUUGACUUAGUCUAAUAUAGCCCAGAAAAAAAAUUGAAAUCCUAAUUUCUUCCAUAUUUCAUUAAAUUUUUGCAUACAGGUCAAAUAAAUAUGGAUAUGUAUACACAUUUCCUUUAAUGAAGGUAAUGUUUUGAUUAGUUUUCCCUAAGAUAUACCUUAAAAAGAUGUUCUAUACAUUUCCUGCUUAAAUUCAGGGGGAUUUGGAGUAUGUACAUGAUAAAAAAAGAUUAUAAUAUAUCUGAUUGAAGUUACUUUAUUUUCUAACUAGAAUUAUUUUAAUAUUCCUUUAUUGAAUAAAUGCUGUAAUUUGUUUGCUGUGGAAGUUAUUCCUGAAGUGAAUGUAAAUUAUUUUUCCACAUGCAUGAAAAUGUAUUAAUCAGAGUUGAAUUCAUUGCAUUGAGAUUACUUCAUUGUUUUUUACGCUAAAGUAACUCAUAUUUAUGUAGUAGAAUGCUUGUGUUUUCAGACUUUGUAAUGCUUUCCUAUGGUUAUAUUUUAAAUCAAAAGGUCUGAGUAAUGUUUCAGUUUAGAUUAAGAUGUGCUUAAAAUAACAAAAAUCUCUAUGGUUCAUAGUAGAAAUGUGCCACACUUAAGCUUGUACGAUAUGAAAUUCUGUUAAAAGAGCUUGUAAUUCAUGGUGACUUUUAACUUAUAAAAAUAUUACUUGCAUGGGUUACUCAAUUUAUGGAUAGAGGAAACUUUCUCAGGACAUAAGUUCUUCUUUCUCUAAAACUAUCCUUUUGUCAGUCAUUCAGAGUGCUGUUAUUCUGAAAAUUGCCCCUCGUGCAUAUGAUGAUCAGUUUAUUUGGGGGAUUCUUCAUAAGACAUGAGAUAUUUCUGCCCGUCUUUCCAGAGUAAGUGCUGUUUAAAGAGGACUACUAGCCUGCAUCUCUUUCUCUAAAUGGGGGCCAAGGGGUCUGAAGAAAAUCUGAAGAAGUCUAACAUUUUCACAUCUUGGAGAAGAUGGAAUCUUUAAAAGUACAAUUGAAGCUUUAUCUAUUUUACAAGUGCAUUGAUGAUCUAUGUUCUUCCCUGGUUCCUGUCAUUUGAAAUCAACUCCUGUUGUAUAAAUGAAGAAAAUGGGACAUUUAAUAUUUAGAAAAGUUGAUGUCAUUAAGGUGACUAAGUAGAAGGCUUAGAACAAUGCGUUAAUUUGCAAGGAAGUGUUUUGGCAUGAGAAAUUUUCCAACUGAAAAAAAUUAUUCAGUAAGCAAAAGCUAAGACGUUUCAUUAAAGUCAUAAAGCCAUUUAAAAUAAACUGGAGAAAAUAACUGUGUUCUAAUAGAGAACAAUUCAAUUAAGAGACAAAUGAAUAUUAUUUGUUGGAUAGUGACAGAGUUUAUUUGUAACUUUAGUUAUAUUAAAAGUUAACAUUCUGUUAGGAUGUUUUGUAUUAAUAAAAGUGAACAAGAUUAA